AUGGCAGCCACCAACAUGAACACAAAGCAGCUUCAGGAGACCAGCAAGAACCUCAUAAAGGCAGCAGAAUCGGGCGACUCACCGGCUACUAUCCUCGCACUGCUUGCGCCGCUCGAGAACUUCCGCGCCACCGAAGAGCUACUUCGACAAUCCAAGAUCGGUGUCGCAGUGACCAAGAUACGGCAGGUCAAGGAUCCCAAGGUGCAAGAGACCGCGACGCGAUUGGUGAAUCGGUGGAAGUCGGAGGUCAACCUCAAGAAGAAGCGAGCUGCAGAUGGCAGUCCAGCGCCUUCGAACAAGGCUCUAAAUGGCGCAUCGACGAACGGCAGGAGCAGCACCAGCAGUCCGGCACCCGCGCAGAAGGAGGUCAAGAAGGAGGUGAGCCUCAGAAAGAGCACCGUCGCGCCAGAGAAGCGCAAUACCAAGGAGGAUGCUGUGGAUCAUCAGGUCACCGGAAACCCAGUUCGCGAUGGCUGCUUGAAGCUGAUGUACGACGGCAUCGCAUUCAUGUCGGAGGAGUCGCCCGAUGCGGUUCUUGAUGUAGCCCGUAAGGUGGAGGUUGCGGCAUUCGAACACUACAAGAACGACACGAGCGCAGAGUACAAGCAGAAGAUUCGGAGUCUGUUCCAGAAUCUCAAGAUGAAGGGCAACACUCUUCUGCGGAGAGACGUCUUCAGCAUGAAGAUCACACCCACGCGGUUCGUUACGAUGACUUCGGAUGAGCUCAAGUCGGAGGAGAAGCGUCAGCAGGAUGCUGCACUCGAGAAGGAGAACAUGAACAAGGCGAUGACCGCUCAAGAGGAGAAGGCCAUCUCUACCACGAUGACCUGCGGCAAAUGCAAGCAGUCCAAGGUCGCCUACUCGCAAGCCCAGACUCGAUCUGCUGACGAGCCGCUCACGACAUUCUGCGAGUGCACGGUGUGUGGUCAUAGUCUCUUGAUCCAACGUUUCGAUGAGACAAUAGGAGUAUCUUUCGAGAGCUUUCACGGAACCACGGCCACUGAGGAAGGAGAUGACGACGCCAUCACGACUAGAGACUUCGUUUCUGCAUUUCAAGACAGGCGGAGAAGGGUGGACGACUGCUUCGUGCAUUUCCCAGCUUGCCUUAUGGAGAGACGGCUUCCAACGGGCAAUGAGCUGGUCUACAUUGCGGGCCAGAUUGAGAAUCAACGAUGA